CGAAAAGUCGACCAUAUUCAAAAUGUUUUUUUUCUAGGUUUUUCCUUCUAAAAAUAGCUAAAAAUGCGAAAUAAUACAAUUGCGAUGCAACUUAGGUCAUUGGUGAAACCUGCCUUUUUGGGAAAGAUUGCAUGUGCAAUGUUAAUCUUACUCUUUGCUUCCAAUGUCUUGAAUGGGGGACUCAGCACAAACAAAAGUCUACUAUUCCAUCAUGUCACCCAGGAAGAUAACAAAAUGGAAUCUAGCUUGGAUGUGAAAAAGAACCUUCAACUGGUCAGCUACAACUUAUGGUGUGAUUUUCUUAACCCUCAUGCUGUGUUCGACCUCAGUGAAAGAAUCGAGAGUCUCACGGAAGGGAUAAAGGAUUUUGACAUUGCACUGAUUCAAGAGGCAUACAUCUUGAAUGCAGGAGUAGUAGUUGUUUCAAAAUGUGCCUCGCUUUUAAUUGCAGCAAUGGAAAAACAUGGAUUUCAUUACAGAACUUCUAUUGCAGAUUUUCUGGCACCUUAUGUCGGAAAAAGUGGUGGUAUUGUUAUAUUUAGUCGUAUACCACUUGUAAGGACAGCUUCAAGACUAUACCACAACUACUCAAUUGCACAAUUUACUGAUUACAGGGGCUUUGUGGUUGGAGAAUAUUUCUUUAACUCUCAGCAUCUUUAUGUCAUUAACACACACCUAGAUCCUCAUGGAGUGAAGGCCAGAAUUUUGCAAGCCAAAGAACUCGCUGGAGCAAUGAAAAAUUUGAAUUCAGGUUCACAUGUUGUUGUGGCUGGAGACUUUAAUAUUGACAACAAUUACCCAACCACUAGUAACAGCAGUGAGGAAUAUAGAGAACUACUAUGGACAAUGAAUCAAGCUGGUCUUCAGUCCGUUUUCCCAGUAAGACGUCCAACUAACACUGAUGGUGGCAACUAUGAUGCAAUGUUCACUAGUUCUAAUGUUGCAGUAGUAAAGAAACAGAUCCUGAAAUUGGUAACAAAGAGUGAAAAAUUAGUCUCAGAUCAUUUUGGACUUGCAGUUCAAUUGCAACUAGUUUAAGACAAUAGGGGUUUUGCACAGCAGCCAUGUUGCAUGGCAGGAACAAUGCAAAUGUUUUGCGUUUAGGAAGAACAUUUUUUUCCCAUAGGAAAAAGAAUCUAUUGUUCCUGCCAUGCAAAAUGGCUGCUGUGCAAAACCUCUAUACAUUGUAGUCUCUACAUGUAUAUACCCACUAUGAUAAUAGAAUCAGUAUCCUGUGGCAAGAUCAGUCAUUGCAUGGCUAAGUGUAUAGAUCUCAGCCUGCUCUCACCAUUCUCCCAUGCAGGACCCAACUUAGAAGAUCAAUGACCUUCAAGUGUUAAAUUUUAUUUCAAAAUAUUGUAAGGCCAGUGAACACAAGAGAUUACCUAGAGUUAUGCAGUGGAACCUCAAUUUAACAAACCUCUAUUUGAUGAAGUCCUCGAUAUAACGAAUGAUAUUAUAUGUCCCGGCCAAAGUUACAGUAAAAUGUAUGGAAUAG